AUGCAGAGUAAAUCGUCAUCGUUACAGUCAGAGAAUCUUUCUCCUAUUCACCAUUAUCACCGUAAUCAUUACCGAUAUCAGAAACAUGGUGAACAUUUUUUUCGAUUACCGUAUUACAUUUUAUUAGUAGCACUACUAUUAUCUUUAUACUUUUUAGCAACAUCUCUGAUAAUGGAUGAUAAUUUGUUUGCUGAAAAUUUAUCAACCAAAGAUUUAGUUCAACGAAUAUUUAAUGUACUUGCAAUUGGAACCAUUCUACUUGCAAUGAUAAUUGAUGUGAUACAAUUUUUCAUGAUUUAUGAAUAUCAGAAAUUAUGUACAAAAUGUUUAUUUUGUCUUAUAAUUAUAAGUUUUAUUUUAGCAAUUAUUGCAGCUACACUGGCUAAUAUUAAUUCACAAUUUUAUGGAACCAUACAAAUACCUCAUCCUUCAACAUGUUUAUUAGCUGGCAGUGCAAUUAUUUUUCUGACAUUUUUAAUUGUAAUUAUUCCUUGUUUUGAAAUACAGUAA